AUGACAAACCAUGAAACCAAUCCAAUAUUUCACCGUUGGUUAGAAAAAUCAAUUAAUCAAGAACAUAUUAUAUAUUAUGAAUUUUCAGACUUCAAUAAUUUCCAACCAAUAGGAAAAGGUUCAUUUGGAAGUGUCUUACGUGCUAAUUGGAAAAAUACUGAUACAAUUUUCGCUAUAAAAAAGUUUAAUAACGAUAAAACGACGUUAAAAGGGGUUGUUAACGAGAUAAAAUUACAUAAGAGAGUUGAUUUUCAUGAAAAUAUUUUACGAUUCUAUGGAAUCACAAAAGUAGAAGAAACUGAUGUAACUCGAACAUACUCGCUGGUUUUAGAAUAUGCAGACAGUGGCACAUUAACAACUUACUUAAAUGAACAUUUUAAUGAGCUUGAAUGGAAUGAUAAAUACCAGUUAGCGUUGCAACUAGCCAGCGCAGUAGCAUGUAUGCACGAAUGUGAUAUUAUCCAUUGCGAUCUGCAUGCAGAUAAUAUAUUUAUACACCAGAAAAAGAUAAAACUUGCAGAUUUCGGUUUAUCAAGAAAAAUUUCUUCAUCUAGUAAUCCAUCAAAAAUAUUCGGUGCGAUACCUUAUAUGGAUCCAAAAGCUUUAGAUAAAGGUCUAAAUUACAAAUUGAAUAAAAAAUCUGAUGUAUAUAGCGUCGGAAUUUUAAUUUGGCAAAUUUCAAGUGGAUAUCUACCAUUUUUUUCAAAAUCUACAAAAUGCACCAAUUACGAUGGACGUUUGAUCUUAUCUAUAAUAAAUGGUGGGAGAGAAGAAAUUAUUGAUGGUACUCCUGUCAAAUAUAGCAAUUUAUAUACAGGAUGUUGGAAAUACGAACCAAAUGAACGUCCAAAUAUGCGAAAUGUUGUUUCAGAACUUAAAACAAUGAUUUCUUUUGAACAACGUGAUAAAAUUAUUGAAACUAUUAUUAACGAAGAAGAGGAUAAUCAUUCAUUGGAAAUAUAUACUGAAUCAAACAAAGGAACCAUAGAUUUAAAUAAUGAAUUAAUAUUAUCAAAUAAUGGAUUAAACAUUAAUAAUAUAGAUAUUAAUAAUAACUUAAUUUCACAAAAUCAGAUGAUAAUAGAUACUAAUAAUAAUUCAUCAAUAUCAUUGAUAUCAGUAGAUUCUUUUGAUUCAACAUUUUAUAAAACAAUUGUUGAUAAAUUAAUAAUAGUUAUAAUUAAGAAACAUGAUCAAGGUUAUACUUUUGACAAGAUUCAACGUUUCAUUGAUCAAAAAAUAUCACAAUUAAAUCAAUUAAAUCAAACAGUAGAUAUUCUCAUAAAUUGGCUCAUAAAAAAUCAAUCAAUAAUACAAUAUGUUUGGUUUCUUGGAUUAUUGUAUUAUUACGAAAUUGAAGUAAAUAAAGAUGACAAUAAAGCGUUUGAAUUGUUUUUUAAAGCAGCAAAUGAUAAUUACUCAAUAGCACAAGUUUAUCUUGCCAAAUGUUAUAAUGAUGGAUAUGGAACACAACAAAAUAAAAAUCUAGCAUUCAAUUGGUAUCAAAGAGCUGUAGAAAACAAAAGCAUCAUUGGACAGUUUUAUUUAGGAUACUGUUACGAAUUUAGUAUUGGAACAGAAAAAAAUGAAACCAAAUCUAUUGAGUGGUAUCAAAAAGCAACUAAAAAUGGAAAUGGGACAGCAAAACUUUACCUUGCAAAUUGUUACAAAUUAGGAAACGGACAAAAAAAAGGAAACUCUGAUGCUCAACAUCAACUUGGGAAUUGUUUUUAUUAUGGAAUUGGAACAAUAAUAAAUAAAAAACAAGCCUUUUAUUGGUAUGAAAAAGCAGCUAAUAAUGGAAAUAUUAUCGCAAAAAUUAUUUUUGAACGAUAUUAUAAUAAAAAAAUCAAUCGUAUUAAAAAGGAUAGAGGUACGAAAAUUAAAUUUCAUAAAUUAAUUUAUUUUGAAGGAUUAAGACGGAUUGGGAUUAACAAUUAUUUUGGAACUGGGACAAAACAAAACUAUGAAAAAGCAUUUAAUUAUUUCCAAAGGGCAGCGACAAAUGGAAAUAAAUUUGCACAAUAUGAUUUAGGUAAUUGCUUCAAAAAUGGGGAGGGCGUAACUAAAGAUGAAAGAAAAGCUUUCGAAUUAUAUCAUAAAUCAGCUGAGCAAGGGUGUAAAAAUGCACAAUAUCAGCUUGGUAACUGUUAUAAUGAAGGAAUUGGAAUUGACAUUAAUAAAAUGAACGCGUUUGAGUUAUAUAAAAUUGCUGCUGAAAGAGAAAAUCAUAUUGCAUAUAACAAAGCAGCAGAAAAUGAAGACAAAGAAAUCGAAACUAAGCUUAAUAAAUCAAAAGCACGUAAGACAAGAUUUUCGAGUGGACUUUUAAUUGUCUUAAAUCUCUUUAAUAGGCGAUUGCGAGAUCAAGACAAAGACAUUAGUAUUUUUCAACUAUUAAUUUAUUUAAGCGAACAAAAUUUUCGGUUUGUAUUCAUUUUAUAA